UGAUAAGCUCCAACAAUCGUCUGUGGACUCAGUAAUGUGUGUACGACUGUGUAGUGCCAGUGCUGUGCCUAAAAUGUGAUUGGAUUUUAUAAACAUGCCUAUUAUAAAAGAUAUAGAGCGAGGUCCAGACCAUGAUGAGGCUGCCCAUCCGCUGCUUAACCCCGCGGAAACUGGCGAUUUUCGCAUCAGAAUGGCCAGGCCUAGGCAUUUGGGACUUGAUGGCCGCCCACCUUUACCCAAGCUGAUAAUGCCAGAUCUCACGCCUUCAUCAGUAGGCUCCACAGUAAACAGUACUCCGAUGAUGGAGUCCGGUGCCAUCGUGCCGAAACCCUGGCGCAGAGGAGACAGGAGACUGCAGAGGCUGAACACAGAGCUGCUGGAGGCUAUUGAGACUCAUGAUCUGGAGGAAGUUGAGAGGUUGCUAAACGUAGGUGCAAGUCCUAACGCCACAUGUCGCCUUGGCUUCGUCUCAGCCUGUCAUACAGCCGCCCUCAUCGGAGGAGAUGCCUUGAGCCUCCUCAUAAAAUUCGGAGCUGAAAAACUGAGGAUCGACAAGCUUGGGAGAACUCCACUGCAUUUAGCCGCAUGGGCAGGAAAUGCGAGGCAGGUUGCUAUACUGCUGGACUUUCCAGAAGAUAUCCAAGAAAGGGUCGGCGCAGACAGCAUGUCUUCAGAAACUGAAGAAGAUGUCAGAAAGCUUUGUCCUCUCAUCAAGGAAAUGACGAACGUUCGCUGUGACCUUGGAGAAGUGGAUAUGACGUUGCCAAAACCAUGGAGAGACAAUAUUGAUCAUAAUUGUCGUGAUAUUAAAGGAAGUAUGCCUCUAUUCCAACCUGGUUGGACUCCACUUCAUGUGGCUAGUUCCUGUGCUCGGAAACAUUGCACCCGUCUUCUGCUGGCUGCUGGAGCUGACCCUAAUAUCACGGACUUGGAAGGUCGAACUCCCCUCGACGUGGCAGGCUACGCGUAUUAUUACGAACAGGACGUCAAUGAGAAACACUUCGUAGAAGUAAUAAAGAUGCUGCUCAAAGCUGGUGGAAGCUUCAACACGAUGAAGAACAGCAGCCUGGAUAAUAUGGAUACUCCAUUACACACUGCAGUGGAGAUUGAAAGCUUGGAUGGCAUACAGGAGCUCUUGGAUGCCGGGGCUGUGGUCACAUGUUUAAAUCGAGCUGGUCAGACGCCACUGCACGUGUGUGUCAAGAAGAAUCUGGAAGAACAUUUACAGCUUUUAGCAAAUUACGACUAUAUGAACGCAAAUCCAUUGCUAGCUAUAGUAGAUGUGAAGGACAAAGAAGGCCACUCAGUGCUGCAAGCGGCUGUAGAGGCUGCCUGGGUGCCAGGAGUCUGCAUCGCGUUGGAAGCAGGAGCUGAUGUCACAUCUAAGGCUAACGACGGAGAAACACCAAUACAUUCAGCCGCUGCACUAGGCAACUUAGAUGUACUUAACGAAAUACUCAGUAUAGCUAAACAGAGAGACGCAAUCGACUAUCAAAAUGAAGAAGGAGAAACUCCUAUAUACAAAGCUAUAAUCAACGGCCAUGUCAAUUGUGUAAAACAAAUUUUAAACGAAGGUGCUAAUUUAAAAAUAACUUUACCAGGAGACGUUAAUAUUUUGCACGUAGCAGCCGAUUAUGGACACGUUGAAGUACUAAGAGUACUUCUAGAGUUUAAUGAAACAGUAACAGAUGCAUUGAUAAAUACUUUAACAGCGGGAGACAGAAGAGGAUUUGGCCCGAUACAUUUCGCUGUUUUCAACAACCACGUUGAGUGUGUAGAGUUACUUUUGUCCAAAGGCGCUGAUAUAAGACUUAGAACAACUAGCAAUCCGCACAAAUCUUCAACUCCAUUACAUUUGGCUGCUGUCAAAAAUCACUUAGAUAUAGCUAAAAUUAUACUCAACUUUGAUAAAACGACUGUACAUGAAGUCAAUAGUAUGGGCUGGUUUCCUCUACACGCAGCUAGUCAUCAUGGCAGCAGAGAUGUAAUAACAAUUCUACUUCGCGAAGGGGCAGACUUGUCAGGAUAUACAGAUGGACCAAAGAAAUACAGAAGAACAGCUAUAGACAUGAUUAUAAACAAUUUGUCGAAACCAACAGAGUUUAUGGAAGACGUAUUUGAUUCGUACAUUUCAAGUAAUGGCACGGAUUUGCAGGAUCAUAAUUGCGAAGUGACUGUUGAUUAUGGAAUUUUGAUGCCGACUGUUUGUGAGAUGGAACAAAUGAAGGUCAUCGAAGCUUUACUGAAGACUGGGAACAGAAACGGCCAGAGACGUCUAUUGGUCCAUCCGUUGGUAGAAAGUUUUCUAUUUUUGAAAUGGAAAGCGUUAUUGCCAUUUUUCUACACAAUCAUAGGUUUAUACGCAAUUUUCUUGCUGUCUUUGACAGUGUUUGUGGUAUCAGUAUUUUUGUUUAGGGAUACUCAUGAGAAACGGCCUCAGUGGUUGGACCCGGUGAUCUGGAGUUACAUCGUUUAUGCUACUAUAGCCAUGAUAUUAAUUCAGGAACUUCUCUACAUGAACGUCAAAAGCAGCAGAUAUUUCCUGCAGUUGGAAACUUGGGUCAAGUUCGGGUCUUUAGGUUUCGCAGUGAUACUUCCCUAUACAAUAGUAGUGGUCAACUUGAAUGAUGACGAAUGGCCUCGUCAUGUGGCUACAGUAGCCUUGCUUCUGUCCUGGUUGGAAAUGAUGUUUCUGCUGUCCCGGUUUCCAAAUUGGGGUUACUAUGUGCUAAUGUUUGGAAAAGUCGCCUCUAAUGUUGUGAAGAUCCUUUUAACCUUCAUGUUCCUGGUAGUUGGGUUCUCUCUCAGUUUCAUGAUACAGUUCCGCUCCCAAAUACCUUUCGAUGGACCCUGGGCAGCGCUCGUCAAGACAAUCGUCAUGAUGACAUCAGAAUUCGACUACGGAGCCCUAUUCGACGAGGAGCACUCUAAAGAACUAGCCACUUCCCUCAUUAUAGUCAGAAUCAUCUUCCUCAUCUUUCUUAUUUUAGCAGCUAUAGUACUUAUGAAUUUGCUGGUAGGUGUUGCCGUCAACGACAUCAAUGAUUUAGAAGUACUAGGUAAUAUUAGAAGGUUAGUAAAACAAGUAGAGUUCUUAGGAACACUAGAUACCUUAGUCUACAAUAGAUUAUUCAGUGCGAUUUUACCAAAACGAGUGAACAACAGCUUGAAGAAUAAGCGUAAUGUUUUGUGCGUGAUGAUUCUAAAGCCAGGGAAACCAAGAUGGAAGCACUCAAGGACACUUCCAUCAAGAAUAAAAGAUGCAAUUUUCACCAAAGCUCAAGCACAACAGAAACAGAUUGAAGACGAAUUAGGUCUGCAAACGUUUAAAACGAAACUAAGUGAAAUGCAUGAUGCUAUCAUGGCUCUGAACAAAAAGAAUGAAGAGAAAGAAAAACCUGAUAUACUGAAGUUACCAUCAGACACUAAAGCCAGGGUCAAAUUCGAUGAAGUAGCACAUCAUCUGCAUGACCUUGAUGAUGCAGUUGUAGAGAUGAAGACGCAGAAUCAGGAGUAUGUUGAGGAAUCAAAGUGCGCGAUGGAAGAACUGAAUAGCAAGAUAGAUAGAGUGUCCAUGGAAUUGGAUACGAUCAAGCAGUUCUUGACUCGGUUAGAACGUAAGCUUAGUAGAUGAUUGUUAGUUUUAAAAGCUU